UCCUAGUGGCAGCACCGUUUAAACCCAAACGCGCAGAAGGAGAGAGAGACGCAGCAGAGGAUGUUGAACUGUAGUGUGACUGUAAAUUUAUAGGGGCUAUAUUUUCCCCCAGCUACGCGCAUGGGGCUUCUGAGAGCCGGAUCUCUUAAGAACAAAAACAACUUUUUGUAAGGAAUGCCUGGAAGUUGAAGAGUGGUUUCUUGGUUGUCCAUGAGCGGAGACGUCUUAGCUGAGGAUUUGAAAUGUGCCGGAGAAGCUCCUAAAGAAAAAGAGAAGACCUGCAGAGUUUUUCUUUUCUUUUUUUUUUUUAGUCUGCACUUUUAUUCUGUUCUGAAAGACUCCAAAAAACAAACAAACAAACAAACAAAAAAGCUGCUGCUUAGAGCAGGAGUCGCGGAUGAACUCAGCGGACAGACUGGGAUAAUAUUGCUCAAAGAACCGAGAGUUUGGAUUCAAGGUUAGGCUGGAUGAGCUGCUCCGGAUGAACAACUUUUAAAUGGAUCCUUUCUGUGUCUGGACAUUGAAACUGGCUCUGGUCCUUGCGUAGGACAGUAUUAGGAGCUGUCCAUCACUUCCAGAACCGAGAAGUGGACUUGUGCGCAAUCUUCGCGUAUUUUUUUCAACGCGCAGUUAAAAUAGAGGAUUUGCGCGUCCGCUGUGGAUGUUUUAAUAUGCAAGGAUGGGUCCACUAGCGUUCAUCCUUGUUAGUGGAUUACUGUACUUUCAAGCAGAUGGAUCCCGUCUGCGGAACGAGGACUACCCACCUCGGAUUGUGGAGCAUCCUUCUGAUCUGAUUGUAUCUAAAGGGGAGCCUGCCACAUUCAACUGUAAAGCUGAAGGGCGACCCAUCCCAACAGUUGAGUGGUAUAAAGAUGGAGAGCGAGUGGAAACGGACAAAGAUGAACCACGUUCACACCGCAUGCUGCUUCCGUCUGGCUCGCUUUUCUUCCUGCGCGUCGUUCACGGACGACGGAGCAAACCAGAUGAGGGAGCCUAUGUUUGCGUGGCCCGGAACUACCUGGGGGAAGCCGUCAGCCGUAAUGCAUCUCUUGAAGUAGCAUUGUUGCGAGAUGACUUCAGACAGAAUCCAUCUGAUGUGGUGGUGGCAGUUGGAGAGCCAGCAAUACUUGAAUGUGUCCCUCCCAGAGGUCAUCCUGAACCCACCAUCUUCUGGAGGAAAGACAAAGUGCAAAUCGAUGACAAGGACGACAGGAUAAGCAUCCGAGGAGGGAAGCUCAUGAUCUCAAACACAAAAAAGAGUGAUGCUGGCAUGUAUGUGUGUGUGGGCAAAAACAUGGUUGGAGAGCGGGAGAGUGAGACGGCUCAAGUAACAGUGUUUGAGCGACCAACCUUCCUUCGGAAGCCAAUCAACCAGGUGGUCUUAGAAGAGGAGCUGGUUGAGUUUCGAUGCCAAGCACAAGGAGACCCCCCACCAACUGUUCGCUGGAGGAAAGAUGACAUUGAUGUUCCUCGUGGGAGGUAUGAAACCAGGUACGAUAAGGACGACUAUAUGCUGAGAGUGAAGAAAGCUUCCAUUAGUGAUGAGGGAACGUUCACCUGUGUGGCAGAAAACCGUGUGGGCAAACUGGAGGCUUCAGCCACCCUCACAGUCCGAGCUCGCCCUGUUGCUCCACCCCAGUUUGUCAUCCGUCCGCGGGAUCAGAUUGUUUCACAAGGCCGUACCGCCACCUUCCCGUGUGAAGCCAAAGGAAAUCCCCAACCGGCAGUUUUCUGGCAGAAAGAAGGGAGUCAGAUUCUCCUAUUUCCUAACCAACCCCAGCAGCCCAACAGUCGCUUUUCAGUGUCGCCCAGCGGAGAGCUCACCAUCUCAUCUGUGCAGCGAACAGAUGCCGGCUACUACAUUUGUCAGGCUUUGACCGUUGCAGGCAGCAUCCUCGCUAAGGCUCAACUGGAGGUCACAGAUGUACUCACAGACAGACCCCCACCUAUUAUCCGCCAAGGCCCCUCCAAUCAGACGCUUGGGGUGGACAGUGUCGCGCUGCUUAAGUGCCAGGCAUCUGGAGACCCCAUCCCCUCUAUCAGCUGGCUGAAGGAUGGGGUCAGUCUGUUGGGAAAGGACUCCCGGAUGUCACUGCAGGAGCUGGGCAGCCUGCAGAUCAAAAACAUAAAGCUUUCAGACUCUGGGAUCUAUACAUGUGUGGCUACCAGCUCCAGCGGGGAAACAUCAUGGAGUGCUUUCUUGGAAGUCAAAGAUUCAGCUGCGGUGAUAGUUACCAAGAACUUUGAUGAGAAGGAGCUUCCAGGUCCACCAUCAAAACCCCAGGUCACUGAUGUUACCAAGAACAGCGUGUCCCUGUCUUGGCAGCCUGGGUUGACUGGAGCAUCUCCUGUCUCUUCUUUUGUCAUUGAAGCAUUUAGUCAGUCUGUGAGCAACAGUUGGCAAACAGUGGCAGAUCAUGUCAAGACCACCCAGUUUACAGUGAAAGGUCUUCGUCCCAAUACCAUCUACUUGUUCAUGGUCCGAGCAGUCAACAGCCAGGGCUUGAGUGAUCCGAGCCCGAUGUCUGAUCCUGUUAGAACACAAGAUAUAAGCCCUCCAGCUCAGGGAGUGGACCACAGGCAUGUUCAGAAGGAGCUUGGCGAGGUCAUAGUUCGGCUGCAUAACCCUGUUGUCCUGAGUCCCACCACCAUUCAAGUUACAUGGACGGUGGACCGUCAGUCCCAGUUCAUCCAGGGUUACAGGGUUCUGUACAGGCAGACAUCAGGGCUUCCUUCGCCGGGACCAUGGCAGAACCAGGAUGUGAAGGUGCCCUCUGAACGCAGUGUUCUCCUGUCGUCCCUCAAAAAGGGCAUUGUUUACGAGAUCAAGGUUCGGCCUUAUUUUAACGAGUUUCAAGGCAUGGACAGCGAAUCCAAGACGGCACGGACCACUGAGGAAGCUCCCAGCGCUCCUCCUCAGCAGGUAACAGUGCUAACGGUGGGAAACCAGAACAGUACUUCCAUCAGCAUCUCCUGGGACCCUCCUCCCCCAGACCACCAGAACGGCAUCAUCCAGGAGUACAAGAUCUGGUGUCUUGGGAAUGAGACCCGUUUCCAUGUAAAUAAGACAGUGGAUGCAGCCAUACGCUCUGUGGUGGUGGGCGGGCUGCAGGUGGGAGUGGUAUAUCACGUGGAAGUAGCUGCCAGUACAAGUGCAGGAGUGGGAGUCAAAAGUGAACCUCAGCCUAUAAUCAUAGGAAAGGAGUUCCGAGACGUAAUUAUACAUGGAAACAGGAACAACAGCAUCACAGAACAGAUAACUGAUGUAGUAAAGCAGCCUGCUUUCAUUGCCGGUAUUGGAGGCGCUUGUUGGGUCAUUCUCAUGGGCUUCAGCAUCUGGCUUUACUGGAGGAGAAAGAAGAGAAAGGGUCUGAGCAACUAUGCAGUUCAAUCCUUCACCUUCACCCCUGCAGUGACAUUCCAAAGAGUUGACGGCGGUCUGAUGAGCAAUGGAAGCCGGCCUGGUCUGCUGAAUGCCAGUGACCCGGGUUACCCCUGGUUAGCCGACUCUUGGCCAGCAACCAGCCUGCCUGUCAACAGCAGCUCUGGGGGACCAAACGACCUGACGAAUUUUGGUCGAGGAGAUCUUCCCAAUGGACAAGGAGAUAAAACAGGCACAAUGUUGUCUGAUGGAGCCAUCUACAGCAGUAUAGAUUUUACCACUAAGGCUAAUUACAACAGUCCUGGUCAAACAUCCCAAGCCACUCCUUAUGCAACCACUCAGAUCCUCCACUCCAGCAGCAUCCAUGAGCUGGCUGUUGACCUGCCUGAUGCCCAGUGGAAGACCACGCUCCAGGCUAAGCAGGAAAUGGCAAACCUGGGCUACUCUCUGCCUGACAAGAACUCCUGCAACAACACCCUCCUUUUCAUUCCUGACUACCGAUUGGCCGAUGGAUUGUCUAAUAGAUUACCACACAACCAAUCACAAGAUUUCAGCACCACCAGCUCUCACAACAGCUCAGAGCGAAGCAGCAGUCUCUCAGGCGGUAAGGGAGGGAAGAAGAAGAAAACCAAGGCUGGCUCUAAACCCCCCAAAGCAAAUGGGUCCAAUUGGGCCAAUAUUCCCCUGCCUCCUCCCCCUAUUCAUCCUCUACCUGGCACAGAGAUGGACCUGUAUCCCAGUGAGCACCAUGAAGGAGGAGGGUAUGAAAGUGACAACUGGGGCCCACCCAUGCCUGUACAGACAUAUCUUCAUCAAGGCAUGGAAGAUGAGCUUGAAGAGGAGGAGGAAAGGGUUCCUACACCUCCCAUUCGAGGAGUUGCCUCUUCACCAGCUGCUGUCUCAUUUGGACAGCAGUCCACAGCUACCCUAACCCCCUCUCCCCGAGAUGAAAUGCAGCCUAUGCUCCAGGCCCAUUUGGAUGAGCUGACCAGAGCAUACCAACUGGACAUAGCAAAACAAACAUGGCACAUUCAGGGGGGGUCCCUUCCUCCUCAGGCCCCUGCUCCUCCAGUAGGUUAUGUGUCAAGCACAAUUGUUUCCGACCUGGAGACUGACCUGCAAGAUGAAGAGGAGGAGGAGGAGGAAGAGGACGAGGAUGAGGGCUAUGGAGCCAGACAUCCUCGUGGUAUCGAGCACACACCAGGGUCUAGCAUGGACAACUUGGACAGCUCUUUAACAGGGUCCAUGGUGAAUGGGUGGGGCUCGGCCUCAGAGGAUGAACGUAAUUUUUCCAGCCAUAGAUCCAGUCUGGGCAGCUCUUCUGAUGGCUCCAUCUUUACACACUGCAGCUUUGCCCAGGCUCUUGUGGCUGCUGCAGACAAGGCAGGAUACCGGCUUGAGGGAACUAGCCUCAGCAAGAGAGGUAAAGGCUUGUCCCACCGGGCCCGUCCUAGCAGUCCAUUUUCAACAGAUGGCAGCACAGUCGGCACACACAGCCUGGGCCAUCAGAGGGCCACUAGGCCCACUCGCAAACCACGAAGUCAAGGCACAACACCACACCGGAGAGACGCUGGUGCAGAUGACCUACCUCCUCCCCCUGAGCCCCCUCCCUGUCAGGGGCAGGGCCGCAUCCAAGGGGCUCGUAGUGUAAGCAGCAUGGCACAGACCCCAGAUAGGAAGGCUUCUUCUCUGGAGCGCACACCCAUGUCAGGACUCCUUUGUGGGUCUGACGAUAUGAAGAGCUCUAUUGAUCGACAGAUGCGAACCUCUUUGGAACAUCAUCGCCAAGCUCAGGAGAGGUUGGGCUCUAUGGAUCGGGCGGAUGAUGCGCGCAGGGGCCACAAACCAGAGGAUGGAUGUCUGCCAUACAGCAAACCAUCCUUUCCCUCCCCUGGAGGCCAUAGCUCAUCUGGUACAACCUCCUCCAAGGGCUCGACGGGGCCACGGAAGACCGACGGUCCAAGACAACCACAACAGUGGACUGCCACAGAGCACGCUGAGUUUCUUGGGGCCAAUGGGCAUGGGGAGUUAUAGUGAUCCACAUCGGCUGUAAACUGGGACCUGCCCUCAUGUUUUGGCCAAUGAACUUUGUCCUUACUUGUGCAUUCUUAGAGGGAAGAUGCACAGCAGUAGAUAGAACCACAGCAAGAGGCAGUUUAACAGAUCUGUAUAUGUGAUGUAAAGACACAAACAUACUGUACAUCUCACAAAGGAUUUGUCCUCAAGAAAAUAUUUUCCACCUCCUACCUUACUGUAAUUUCUUUUUGUUAGAAAAAAACAAGUAAAAAGAAAAACAAAACAUCUAUGUGGAAAAAAUUUUUUGUUUUACCUACCCUUCAGGAAAAGGGAAUUCUGUUUCCUGUAAAUAUUUUCUUUGACUUGUUGCAUUGCUAUGCAAACCUUAUAAAGUUUUUUUUUUUCUUCCAUUUACAAUAACAGUUGGGUUUUACCUGGUUAUUUGUACUAUAUGUGAAUUAAGUGGCUUUUUUGCCAUAUUUUUUUUUUUAUCCAUUGUUUUUCAAUAGCUACCAUGAAUUAUUAUUAAUAUAAUCAUUAUUAUUAAUAUUAAUAAUUAUUGUUUUUUGCACUGCAAUUUUUGGUGAUAAGCACAAAAACAUAGCUCCUGCUGACAUGAAGAACCGGAAGAAUAUGUGAAGAGGAGUUUCUGUACUGUAAAGUAAAGAGAAGAAUAUUAUAUUCUAGUGUACAGAGAGAUAUUAAAGAGUAAUGCUUUUCUCACAAACAGCAUCCAUUUCUACAGCUGAGACAAACCAAGUGGCAGACACUAGUUCUGAAGGUGCAAAGCAGAGAUACAAGGCCUUAGACCAGAUAAAUAAUGUAGGUAGUUUAUUGCUUUGGUUUAGGUACUAUUUUAUUUUUCUUUAUUUUUUUUUAUUUUUUUAUUUAUACUCAUGGUUUAGCCGGUUUGUAAUUUGAUAAAACUGAUUUGAUGCUCUUUAACAACAGAGCAUCAUAUCAAAUUGAAAUAGUCUCGAAAUCUUUCUGCAUGGAGACAUUCAGUCGGAGCACUUAGCGCAGAGUUUUUUUUUUCAAUAAUUAUUACUUGCAAAACCUUAACCUAGUUGUAUAUUAGUUGAAUCCAAAUGUUUCUAUUAUAUUUAUUUCAAACUAUUUUUAUGAAACUUUUUUUUCAUAUUAACGUAGUCCUUCAGUCUGGUAUAGCCAUUUGUAUCAACGAAGAAAUUCGUUGAUACAAAGAAAUUUUUAUCAACACAAAAAAACAUUCCCCUUCUGCUGGAAACAGCCGAGGUAUUUAUAUGAGCUAUCAAAAUAGGUGUUGAAAUAAAGUUUAGUGCCUCACAUAUGUAACAAAUGGUCAUUUUGCCCCUUUGUCAGUUCUUACCUCUACUCAGGAUUAUAAUACAUUGAUUGCUAGAAAGAUAGACUUGAUUUUUUUUUUUCACAGUAAUCAAAACCCUUCUUGUUAACCUGCUUUAUAAAGUCAAAAAGCUGAUGUAAAUUGACAAGUCUUUAAAGUCAGCCUUUCCAGACAUUGUACCUAUAGUUUACCAAAGGCUCUUUUAAAAUAUUGUCACUUUAAUAAGAUAAUAAGAAAUCUUUUAGGUUUUCUUUCCCGAAGGAGAACAGAAAAAACUUCAAAUGCUCAAAGUGUUGCAGGUCUAUGUAAACCAGUUGACAGGAAGUGUGCAGAAAAUAAUUAGGAUGGCGCUGUACUGGGGUGCUCUGUAAAAGAGCAACUUUAUAAGAUCUUGCUACACCUUUAUAUUGAUAAUUGGCUUGUUCCCCAAGGAAGUUAUGUAUUAAAACAGGAUUGCGAUAGCUGUUUAGUACCCAAAAGGUUUGAAAUGGCAAAAGGACAAAAUGACCAGCAUCCAAAACAAAUACGGUCAGCAUGCUUGUCAAAUUCAUUUUCAAGAAAAAAGUAGAAAUCGCAACAUAAUGUGUAGCUUUGGGUGAGAGCAGAAAAGAAGGGCCUUGUACUUUAGUCAGUGGGUCCACUGCCUUCAUGUCCACAGCCACAGUGGGGAGCAAAAAAACACUUUCUUAUUCGCCUGACUGCCACAAACACACACUCUUAUCAUCUAACUGCUUUUAACUUUACAAUAUCUGAUUUAAUCUUUUUCAACAAUCCUUUUUGAAGCUAAGCUUAUUUCUUUGUAUGCCUUUUAUGGACUCCAAAACGCUGCUUACAACAAUGUUUUACAAUUGUAAUGUUAAGGAUUUUUGUGGUUCGAUGACUGUUUGUUUUGUCUUUUUUUUGUACUGCUAAUGUUGAUAAUAAAAUGGGUGGGGGGGUGGGAAACUAAAGGCCAUCAAAUGCUGUUGUACUGUUGUCGUAACGCCAUUGUUGUGUUUUAUUUUAUUUUUUUAAUGAUCCACCCAGUGGCCAGUGUUCUGGGAAUGAGGUGCAGAGAGUAUCUCAGGUUAUAUUACAUUCUUGUGGUGUUUAUGUAUGUGUAUAUAUGUGUAUAUAUCCAUACACAUCUCCACUCGAUAAUUCCAUUCCUUUUUCAUUGAGAAAGAUCUGUCAUCCCCUUUUAAGUUUGCUAUUUUCUGCUGUGGAUUUUGAUCCUGAUGUGCUGGUUCAUCCACCUUGAGACAAGAUGUCAGUAAAAGAACAUACCAAAUUAAGAUUGAUAUUUCUAAUGUCUAAUGCGUUUUAGUGUUUUUAAUACUACAUUUUCUUUUAAAUCACAGUGUUGUUUUGUAUUUAUUGAAAUGAUAAUAAAGGUAUAUUGUGAAAUAUGCAUAAA